ACCGCUCAUUCGUCAUUCAGUAAUUCAAUCAGGACGCAUAUUAAGUGCAAAAUGCAUAAAACAGGCAAAUUUCUCUUACUCCUAACCGUGUUAGCGUCUUUCGUGCCAGCACUGGUCGCGAUCGAGUACCGGUGUGUCGAACGACUCAAAAGCUAUUGCGUCGUUGAAAACGUGACGGCGGAUUCGUUUGCCGAUUCCAUCUUCCCAUCGAACGAAACAUCACUGCUCAUUCAAAACAGCACCAUAUCCCGGUUCGGCGAAGACCAGUUCCGGCAGCUGCCGGCAGUGGAAAAUCUCAUGAUCCAUCAUUUGAAGAUCGAACGUCUCCAGCUGGCGAAAUGUGACCAACUGACGACUCUGUUCGCUAGCUACAAUCACAUUUCGGACUUGGAAGCAUCCGAAGGUCUGCAGUUACGCAAUCUGCAUCUCUAUCAAAACAUGCUCACUAACAUCAGUGCCUUGCGGGUGCUGACCGAACUGGAACAACUGUAUCUCAAUGAUAAUCUGCUGGAAACGUUGGUGAUGGACACGUUCGCAGCGAUGAAGAGCUUGAAGAUUCUUACUCUUCAUCGGAAUCAACUGACGGCAAUCGACUCGAAACGUUCCGUUGUUUUGCCUAGCCUGGAAGCACUUUUUGUUCAGCACAACAAGUUGACAUAUCUCGACACUGGGCUGUGGAAAAUGUCCGCUCUGAAAACACUGGAUUUAGGUGACUACGAUCUGGGGUUUUUGUUUACAUUUCUGGAGGAAUUUCCGGCACUACGCACACUGGAGCUGUACGAAAACGAAUGGAACUGUGGUUGGCUUAGCAAAAUGGUUGAUCGGUUGGAGGCACGUGGAAUUCAGCACACCCAAACCGAUCGAGACUGCGACGACGGAACACUGUUUUCCGAGCUUUGCUGCUCCGUUGAGGGAGCUUCACCCGAUCCGAUGAUGUUGCUAAUUAGCCGAACUGCCGUAGUGGAUGAUCUGCACGAUCAGCUAGGGAAACAACGGCAUAAGCUGGAAACUUUGGAAGAGUCUCAACGGAAGCAAACCCACAAGUACAAUGAGUUGCAGCAAAAAGUCGAUCGAAUGGAGACCUUCUGCCGGAAUGAGUUGUAGUUUUUCGGAUGAAAUUAUUAGAAUUUAAGUUCAGUUGUUUUUUGAAAUGUGUUUAAUCUAUUCU